AUGCACGAUUCUGAUAAUAAGUCUGAAAACAAUGAAAGUGAAGCUUCAGAAUAUUUGAGUGGAUAUGGCUACAGGACAUACAGUUUAAUGGCAUUAGUCAUGCUAGAAAAUAAGAUUGAUUUGAACAGUUAUACAAGGCUACUGGCUCAAAAGUUGGAAAGUAGUAAAGCUUCACAAAAUAGUUUGCAGUUAUCAGAUAGAUAUUAUGAUCAUGCUGAAUAUUUGACUGAUGGAAAUAUUUCAUAA